UUGUGUAAAUAGUCUCUGACUACUUAGAGGCUUAAAUCUUGAUAAAUGGGUUACUACGCUGAAAGCUGAUGGUGCUGAAAAUGGAUGUACAAACUGUUGGCUAAUUUCACUCCAUAGGAUCUUUGGAACUUGUUUCUCUGUUUCUUCCUUUUUUUACUUCAACUGCAGCAUAAAGAGGAAGAUCAUGCCCGAGCCAGUUACUUUGUGCAGUAUUAAGAAAAUCGGAGAAGACAACUAUGGCUUUGAGCCGGAAGAAUCACCAGAUAACGGCAUCUGCAAACCAGAGUAUUUCCAUACUAAAAAGGAAACUUCUUCAAAGAACAAUACAAAGGGGAAGAAGACAUCAGAGAAGAAUGAGAUUCGAGUUGGCUUCUUUGAGUUGUUUAGAUUUGCUUCUUCAUCUGAGAAACUGAUGAUGGUUUUUGGUGGCAUCUGUGCUGCUGUUCAUGGAGCUGCCCAACCAGCCAUGUUGAUUGUUUUUGGGGUAAUGACAGACACAUUUAUUCAAUAUGAUAUCGAGAAGCAAGAGCUUAGUGACCCGAACAAAGGAUGUGUGAAUAACACUAUAGUAUGGCUCAACAGUUCCCAUCACCAAAAUGACAAUAAUACACCAGUGAGUUGUGGGUUGCUGGACAUUGAAACGGAAAUGAGUUAUUUUGCAAGUUACUAUGGGGGAAUAGGCUGCGCAGUGCUUGUGCUGGCAUACUUCCAGAUCAGCUUAUGGGUAAUCGCAGCCGCUCGACAGACACAGAAAAUCAGAAAAGCCUAUUUCAGGAAAAUAAUGAGGAUGGAUAUAGGCUGGUUUGAUUGUACAUCAGUGGGAGAACUCAGUACACGUAUUUCUGAUGACGUAAAUAAAAUAAAUGAUGCUAUUGCUGAUCAAGUAGCAGUCUUUAUCCAGCGGUUCACCACCUUUAUUUGUGGAUUCAUGUUAGGAUUUGUCAGAGGCUGGAAGCUGACCUUGGUUAUUAUCUCAGUCAGUCCACUAAUUGGGGUUGGAGCUGCCAUGAUUGGCCUGGCUGUGGCAAAGCUGACAGGUCGAGAAUUAAAAGCUUAUGCAAAAGCUGGCGCUGUGGCCGAUGAAGUGCUCUCAUCCAUCAGAACAGUGGCUGCUUUUGGAGGGGAAAGAAAAGAAGUUGAAAGGUAUGACAAAAACCUAGUGUUUGCCCAAAACUGGGGAAUCAGAAAGGGAAUAAUAAUGGGAUUUUUCACCGGUUACAUCUGGUGCAUCAUUUUCCUGUGUUAUGCACUAGCAUUUUGGUAUGGCUCAAAACUUGUUCUUGAAGAUGAGGAGUACUCACCUGGCACACUUAUACAGGUUUUUUUUGGAGUUCUGGUAGCUGCCUUAAGUCUUGGCCAAGCUUCUCCUUGCCUGGAAGCCUUCGCCACUGGGCGAGGAGCUGCAACAAAUAUCUUUGAGACGAUAAAUAAAAAACCUGUUAUUGACUGUAUGUCAGAAGAUGGCUACAAGCUGGAUAAAGUCCGUGGUGAAAUUGAAUUCCAUAAUGUGACUUUCUACUACCCAUCCAGGCCUGACGUAAAGAUUUUAGAAAAACUCAACAUGGUUAUUAAGGCAGGGGAAACAACAGCUUUUGUUGGACCCAGUGGAGCUGGGAAGAGCACCACAAUACAGCUCAUCCAGCGAUUUUAUGACCCUAGUGAAGGCAUGAUUACUCUAGAUGGACAUGAUAUUCGCUCACUUAAUAUUCAGUGGCUGCGUUCUUUGAUUGGCAUAGUUGAGCAGGAACCAGUCCUGUUUGCUACCACCAUUGCAGAGAACAUUCGCUAUGGUCGGGAAGAUGCCACUAUGGAAGACAUCAUCAGAGCAACCAAACAAGCCAAUGCCUACAACUUUAUCAUGGAUCUGCCUGGGCAAUUUGACACCCUAGUUGGAGAAGGUGGUGGUCAGAUGAGUGGAGGCCAGAAGCAGCGGAUUGCUAUUGCUCGAGCUUUGGUUCGAAACCCCAAAAUCCUGCUACUGGACAUGGCUACAUCGGCACUGGACAACAAAAGUGAAGCUACAGUGCAAGAGGCCCUUCAUAAGGCUCGCGUUGGGCGCACUGCCAUCUCCAUUGCUCACCGCUUGUCCUCAAUCAGAACUGCUGAUGUCAUAAUUGGCUUUGAGCAUGGAAGAGCGGUGGAAAGGGGAAAACACGAGGAGCUGAUGGAACGGAAAGGGGUUUAUUUCACACUGGUAACUUUGCAAAGCCAAGGGGACAAGGCACUCACUGACACGCCGGUGCAAACAGCUGAACCAAACCUUGAGAAAACGCAGUCUUUCGUCAGGGGAAGUUAUCGGGACAGCUUGAGAGCUUCCCUUCGACAGCGUUCCAGAUCUCAGUUGUCAAAUAUAGUACCAGACCACCCAAUGUCAGUUGCCCAGAACCAUUCAGAGCAUAUCUAUAGCACCCGGCAGUAUGAAGAAGAUGGCACUCCAUUUAAGAAGGAGCCAACUGCUGUAAAAGGGGAAGAAGUGAAGCCUGCUAAUGUGACCAGAAUUCUGAAAUACAAUGCCCCUGAAUGGCCUUACAUGCUGAUUGGAUCCCUUGGAGCAGGCUUCAACGGGGCGGUCAACCCACUCUAUGCCUUGCUUUUCAGCCAGAUUCUUGGAACCUUUUCUAUCCUGGAUGAAGAAGAACAAAGAUUACAGAUCAACAGCAUCUGCUUGCUCUUUGUAUUGGUUGGAGUUAUAUCAUUUUUUACACAGUUUUUACAGGGAUAUACAUUUGCCAAGUCUGGUGAGCUGCUUACAAGACGGCUAAGGAAGGUUGGCUUCGAGGCUAUGCUAGGGGAAGAAAUUGGUUGGUUCGAUGACCACAGGAACAGCCCUGGGGCUUUGACCACAAGACUAGCAACUGAUGCCUCUCAGGUUCAAGGGGCAACCGGCAGCCAGAUAGGAAUGAUUGUGAACUCUCUCACCAACAUCGGGGUGGCCAUUGUUAUUGCUUUCUACUUCAGUUGGAAGCUCAGCUUGGUCAUCAUGUGCUUCUUGCCAUUCUUGGCUUUAUCUGGCGUGGUGCAGUCUCAGAUGCUAACAGGGUUUGCCUCUCAGGACAAACAAGCAAUGGAAGCAACUGGGAAGAUUUCCAAUGAAGCGCUUGCAAACAUCAGGACGGUCGCUGGAAUUGGGAAGGAGAAAAAAUUUAUUGAAGCAUAUGAGAAAGAGCUGGAAGUCCCUUACAGAGCAGCAGUCAAAAAAGCAAAUGUUUAUGGAAUCUGCUUUGGCUUUGCACAGAGUGUUCUGUUUAUAGCCAAUUCAGUCUCCUAUCGGUAUGGAGGAUUUUUAGUUGACAAGGAAGGACUUCACUACAGCUAUGUGUUUAGGGUGAUUUCUGCUAUUGUGACCAGUGGAACUGCAUUAGGAAAAGCAUCCUCCUAUACGCCAAAUUAUGCCAAAGCAAAAAUAGCCGCAGCUCGCUUUUUCCAGCUGGUGGAUCGUGCUCCCCGAAUCAGUGUUUACAGCGAUGCUGGAGAAAAAUGGGAUAACUUUCGUGGAAGCAUUGAAUUCUUGAACUGCAAGUUCACAUAUCCCUCUCGUCCCAACGUUCAAGUGCUAAAUGGUCUUUCGGUGUCUGUGAAAUCUGGACAGACCCUUGCCUUUGUUGGAAGUAGUGGAUGUGGCAAAAGUACCAGUGUCCAACUUCUGGAACGUUUUUAUGACCCUGAGGAAGGAAGAGUGUUGAUAGAUGGACACGACAGCAAGAAAGUAAAUGUCCGCUUUCUGAGAUCUAAAAUUGGGAUAGUGUCCCAGGAACCUGUGCUGUUUGGCUGUAGCAUUGCUGACAAUAUAAAAUAUGGCGAUAACACCAGAGAGAUUUCUAUGGAAGAAGUGGUAGCAGCAGCUAAGAAGGCCCAGCUGCAUGAUUUCGUCAUAUCGCUUCCUGACCAAUACAAGACUAAUGUUGGCUCUCAGGGAUCGCUGCUCUCUCGUGGGCAAAAGCAGCGCAUUGCUAUCGCCCGAGCCAUUGUCCGAGAUCCCAAGAUCUUACUACUGGAUGAAGCAACAUCUGCGCUGGAUACCGAAAGUGAACAGACUGUGCAGGCUGCACUGGAUAAAGCUAGAGAAGGCCGAACGUGCAUCGUCAUAGCUCACCGCCUUUCUACCAUUCAGCAUUCUGAUAUCAUAGCUGUCAUGUCGCAAGGAGUGAUCGUUGAAAAGGGCACUCAUGAAGAACUAAUGGCCCAGGAAGGGGCAUACUACAAACUGGUUACCACUGGGGCACCUAUCAGCUGAGCUUUCACACUUACUCCACAACACAAUCAAUAUAAUUUACUUGGGGAUGUGAUAAGACCAAGGAUGAACAUGACAACAAUCUUUACGUUACACAUUCACUCUGCUAUUGCAAAUAUGCAGGAGAAAAUGCCACACACACACCCCAGCCUGCCUGCUUGCCAGCUUGUGACAUCAGUCAUUAAACUUGCUGUGGUACGAAGAAAGGCAACAUCUACUCAAACAGUGAUGCUGUUGGGAGAGUGCUCAGAACCUGUUUGCUUUUUAAUCAACUAAAGUUCUGCCGAAGUGGUUAUAUGUUUGGAUUAUUAAGCCACAUACCUGCGACACCAGUGAAGUCAACAACUGCAGAUCUUCCACUUGACACUCUGGGCAAACAGUGGCAUCCACUGGCAUGACCUUCUGUUACUCAUUGCACAGUUGUGAUCAUGGAAAUAUCUAAACGCAGGUGUCCACAUAUUUGCAAACACGAAGGAAGCAUUGUAAGGUGGCUGUGUGUGUAUCCAUCAAGAAAGACCGUCUUACCCAUGGCAUCUGUUCUGCACAUGUGGAGGUUCGGCUUGUUUCAGCAAGUUAUGAAAUUAUAUUCACCACCGGUCAAACAAGGGAGAUAUUGCGCACAAAAUCCAACACAGAUCUAUGUAUGGAUUUGCGUGCUGAUCCAUAUUGCAACCAUUCCAGCACACUGAACUGUCUGACAUAGGGAUGAACAGUUCCAUUGCAAACCGUUCAGUGCACAUGAAUAUAAAUGGAUCAGGCAGGGCAUGUGUUCCACCAGCAAGCUAUAGUUCCUGUUAGGGUAGCUUUCUCAUCAAAUGGAGAAAAAGUCAGCUGCAGUUUCUCCCUUGCUCGUUAAAAAGGCACCUGGAGCUGCCGCAAUGCCUUUCUCAAAACAAAGAACACUGAAAAAAAUGGCUAGGGGGUGCAGGAGGCUGUUCAUACUGAUGCUGCAGAAAGUGACAGAGAAAUUACCAUCAGUGCUGCUGAAUCAGGAAAAGAAAAUGCAGGAAAAGGCAAAUGCAGGCACACUACACUCAGUCCUUUGGGGUAGGGAAUGUUUGUUGUCAUGUGUUUGCAGAAGUGAACAACCAAUGCUAACUGAAUAUCUAAACUAGCUUUCCCCAGCCUCCAGCAACAGGCUGAUGGGAAUUGUAUCCAAAACCAGGUUUGGGGAGACUGGUAAGUAAAGAAUCUACACUGUAUGGAAGUGGAGAUACAGAAAGGAGAAUUUGUAUCACUACCUUCCUCCUAAUUUUACCACUUGGCUACCUAGCUACUUGUGUACGGACAUGUUUUCAUUAAAGCAAGGGGUGACAUUUUGGAUCUUUGCUAUCUUGUGUUUUCUGCUGACUAAAUAUUCUUUUUAAAAAGGACGGAAAGAAGAAACGGCAUCCAAAACCAUUAGGCUGAGUGAGGCAGGUGUCAUGAAAGGGCAGCAAAUUGUGGUUUAAUUUAUUGUUGUUGUUAUUAUUAUCUGGAAUCAGAUGUGCUACUCGGCAGUGAGGCGUAGUUCAGGUUGGGUGCAGGACAAGGCCGGCAGGGACCAGGCUGGAUGCCGCACAAGGCAAAAUCCAGGGUGGAUGCAAGGCUCGGGCUGUGCUAUAGCAACACAGAGCUCUGAUGUUGCUUCAGCAACAAACAAUUUGGGCCCUAUGCAUUGGAAGCAGCUGAAUCCCAAUGGUUAGCUCCGCCUGCACUGGAAGGUUAAGGGAGUUUCUUCAGUUAAAGUGGCCCCAACCUGCUCUUGUAGUCUCCUACUACAGUGGAGUGGGGGAGCCUCUGGUGGGAAUAUAAGAAGAGUUUUCUGGAUCAGGUCAAUGGCCCAUCUAGUCCAGCAUCGCGUUCUUAUAGCAGCCAACCAGAUACGUAUAAAAAGCCUGCAAGCAGGACUUGGGUGCAAUGUCAUCCUGCCCACCUCUGAUUCCUAGGAACUAGUAUUUAAAGGCAAUGGUCUCACUGGGGUUUCUGCAAUGGAGUCCCCCAAGUCCAAUCAUUCUCAAGCUGGAGGGGAACUUCCCCCUGGCUCAUCUGGUGGAAGCUGGCCCUGACUGCCUUCUCUGUUCUGGUUCGGAAUCCUCAGCCUCAUCCCCUGAAGAAGGGGAUUCUGUCUCCAGGGUCAUGAUGGCACCCGGAGGUGGAUUGCAUCCUCCUUGGUGUCCCUAACAGCUGCGUGCAGCCAAGUCACAGCUGUCUUUGACUGAUUGAAUGGGAAGAGCCAGGCCUAUAGAUGCCCAUAAAGGUAAAGGGACCCCUGACCCUUAGGCCCAGUCGCGGACGACUCUGGGGUUGCAAAGCUCAUCUCACUUUACAGGCCAAGGAAGCCGACGUUUGUCUGCUCCGUGGACAGUUUUUCUGGGUCAUGUGGCCAGCAUGAGUAAGCUGCUUCUGGCAAACCAGAGCAGCACACAGAAACGCUGUUUACCUUCCUGCCGGAGUGGUACCUAUUUAUCUACUUGCACUUUGACGUGCUUUCGAACUGCUAGGUUGGCAGGAGCUGGGACCGAACAAUGGGAGCUCACCCCGUCACGGGGAUUCGAACCGUCGACAUUCCGAUUGGCAAGCCCUAGGCUCUGUGGUUUAGACCACAGCGCCACCCGCAUCCCUAUAGAUGCCCAUACUUUCUACCUUUUCAUCUGGGCAGUUCAUGGGAUUUAUUAUGGGCUUUCCCCAUAAUAAUGUGGAAAGGGCAUUCAAACUAGGCAUCAAGCAGUGACUUAGCAGUAAGGCAGCUCAAACUGAUGAGUCUCAAACAAGGGUUAUCCAUCGUUAUAGAGGUGUGAUGUUCCAGAGCGUUGGGUUUUGUGUGUGUGUGUGUGUGUGUGUGUGUGUGUGUGUUUUUAAGGGUACUUGGUAACCCCAAAUCUUAAAUCAGAUUUGUGGAAAAGGCCUUUUUGUAAACGCAAUCUGUUAAUUUGGAAAUAUACAUGCUGCCAAAAAUAAAUCAAUUUAAAACUAGAUUUCCCUCAUGUAGCUGUUAGCAAUUUACAGAGAGGAAACCAUUAACAGGAAAUGAAUAAUUGGGAUUAGAGCUGGCUUGAUAUAAACGGUUCCCCCAAAUCCCCCUGGUCUGUGUUGGAACUUUUCAUGCAUUGCAAAUUAAGUUCACAAGGUGACAUUCUAGUAUCCUCCAGGCUUGUUAAGCAUUGGUGAUUGUCACUUAACAGGAGAAUGUCAGAAAUGUUUGUGAAAAUUA